AUGCCUGCGCAAUUCGCUGCGAAGCGGCUGGGCAAGGAGCUUCAGAAGAUCAGCAACUCGCUGCCGCCAGGGAUUGAGUUGGUUUCAGCAAACAACCUCGAGGAAUGGCUUUUGGACAUCCAAGUACUCGACAACAACCCGCUCUACCAGAAUGAGAAAUACAGGUUGAAGUUCCGCUUUGGCUCGUCCUAUCCCAUUGAGCCGCCCGAAGUAAUCUUCGUGAAGGUUCCCGAUCGUCCGAUUCCGAUGCACCCGCACAUAUAUUCCAACGGCAUCAUUUGCCUCGACCUGCUCGGCACAGGAUGGAGUCCAGUGCAGAACGUGGAGAGCGUCUGCAUGAGCCUGCAGAGCAUGCUGACGGGAAAUACCAAGGACGAGCGACCGCCGGGAGACGAGGAGUUUGUCCGCGCAAACCGACUCCGUCCAAAGGACAUUGAAUUUUACUACCAUGAUAACGACGUCUGA